UAGUCAAAUAAUUUGUGAGGAAACUUCAGUACCUGGAUAAAACUCUGGACAAGGAAGUUCAGGCAGUGGGAUUCGAACCAGGUUGUUUAUUUUGUCUUGUGUUGGCUCACCUCAUGGCUGUGAUCUUUGUCCUUGUGUUUCCUUUGAUGUCUGACUACGUGUCAGUGCCAAUGAAUUGGAGUGCAGCUAUCCUUAGUUCUAGCACGUACUUCUAUGUGUGCUUUUUGUGUUAUCUAUGUGCUUCUAUAUCCAGGAUUGUGUGCUGUUGUGUCCAUGAAUGAUGCUCCUAUGAGCUCAUAAUGGUGUAUUAGUUGAUAUGUCUCCCCGUGAACCAUCAUCUUACUGUGGCGGUGAGGUUUGAGUUCCUCUGUGAUGAGUGGUGGGCUGACCCUGAAUGACUCGCCAGCUGAGAGAGGAACAAAAACACAAAAACUUAAAAUAUCUUAAAGAAGUAAUACAGGAAAACAAAACAAUAUUUACACAGAUAAGCAAACAAAUAUUUAACUGGUACAGAGAAUAGCAAGAACAGAAUUGUAACAGUAUUUUACUGAUAAACUAUGUUACUCCAUUGCUAUACUACACAGACCCAUCCCCUUUCUCAGGCGACUCAGUGGCGGUGUGUGACUGUCGCAUUGGACUGCUGGACCAGUGGCAGUGCUGUAGCUGACCGAAAAUCAACAACCACAUGGUGCGUUGCUGCUGCACACAAUAACGGCUGUAAAGAAACAGGCUGCUAUUUAGACUUGGGGGACGACAGUCGCGCACCUGUGAGAGCAAAGGUCACGUCCUGGCUGCACACGACUGCUGGCGACGACGACAUUCAGCUGCAUCCCAGCAAGAGAACUUUCAACAUGAGUGUCCCUGACACCUUGGGCAGUGGAGCCAUAACCAUGCAAGAACCAAGUCACAGCAUUCAAGAGGAACAUUUGUCACCUGACCCUGAGACCCAAUCAGCAGAGCACGGCGUCGGGAAUAACAGCGAGGUGGUGGAAGAUGGGGACGGAAUGACCCAGAACAGAGGUCAAGUCAAAGCUUCAGAGCUUCAACACCCAUUAGAGAACCAAGACAUUCACCUGCCAGAGCACGAUGUGACGCCUGCAGCAGUGGCUGACUGUGAAGGAGCUGUCAAAGCCAGUAAGUAUUCAGAUCCGGGGACUCAGACCGUCCUGCCGUCGAGGGUGUCUCUUGCCCCAGCCGAUCAACUAUGGAGUAUCAAGAGGGACCAGGCUGUGAGGCUGAGGAUGGAGGGCUCGGGCGCUGCCUCUGAGACUCCCAUUACCAUUGCGCAGAUGUUCCAACAGACAGUCGAAGGAUUUGGCGAUCACCCAGCCCUGGGUGUUAAGAAAGAGGACCAGUGGCAGAUGGUGUCCUGGAGGGAAUACUACAGCAUGUGCCGAAUGGCCGCCAAAAGCUUUCUGAAGUUGGGGUUGGAGCGGUUCCGUGGCGUGGGCAUUCUGGGAUUCAACUCACCGGAGUGGUUCAUCGCAGAUAUCGGCUGCAUCUUGGCAGGUGGCCUAGCGACCGGCAUAUACACCACCAACUCUCCAGAGGCUUGUCAGUAUGUGGCUGCCAACUGUGAGGCCAACAUCCUGGUGGUGGAGAAUCAGAGGCAGCUGGAGAAAAUCCUGCAGGUGAAGGAUCAGCUACCACACCUGAAGGCGAUCGUCCAGUAUAAGGGCGAGUUGCACCAGAAGGCGCCGUUUCUGUACACGUGGGAUGACUUCAUGAAACUGGGCGAGGACUAUCCCGACGAGCAGCUCAACGUCAUCAUUGACAGCCUCCGUCCGAACGAGUGCUGCACUCUAAUCUAUACCUCAGGAACCACUGGCUCCCCUAAAGGUGUUAUGCUGAGCCAUGACAAUUGGACGUGGACAGCUUACGUGGCCGGUAAAGAUGCCCGCCUGAACUACUCAGAGGAAGUUGUGGUCAGUUAUCUACCUCUCAGCCAUGUGGCGGCGCAACUCAACGACAUAUGGAUCUGUAUGAGGUUUGCCGGGACCACCUACUUUGCAGAACCAGACGCUCUGAAGGGAUCGCUGGGGACAACAUUGAAAGAGGUGCGUCCCACUUCCUUCUUGGCGGUCCCACGAGUUUGGGAGAAGAUGCAGGAGAAAAUGAAAUCAGUGGGUGCAAAAGCUUCCCCUCUGAGGAAGAGAAUUGCGGACUGGGCCAAGUCCAUCGGCCUACAGUACAACUACAGCGUCAUGAAUGGGGAGAACCAGGUACCCUGGGGCUUCACGCUGGCCAACACGCUGGUCUUCAAGAAGGUCCGUGCUGCACUGGGUUUGGACCGCUGUAACCUUUCGUUCAGCGGUGCCGCCCCCAUCACCAAAGACACCCUGGAGUACUUCAUGAGUCUGAAUAUCCCAGUGAUGGAAAUGUACGGCAUGAGUGAGAGCUCCGGACCUCACACCAUCUCACUCAAUAACCGCUACCACAUCACGAGUUGUGGGAAGGUGAUGUCUGGCUGCAAGGUGAAGCUGGAUAAGCCAGACCAGGAAGGCAACGGUGAGAUCUGUUUCUGGGGUCGGAACGUGUUCAUGGGGUACUUGAACAUGGCGGAUAAAACUGAGGAGGCCCUGGACCAGGACGGCUGGCUACACUCAGGAGACCUGGGGAGGUUUGAUUCACAGGAGUUCCUCUACAUCACCGGACGCAUCAAAGAGCUGAUCAUCACGGCUGGGGGAGAGAACAUCCCACCGGUCCCCAUCGAGGACGCGCUGAAGUCUGAGGUGGCUAUCAUCAGUAAUGCCAUGUUGAUCGGUGACAAACUCAAGUUUCUCUCGAUGCUGCUGACACUCAAAUGUGUCGUGGAUGAAAACGGUGAGCCCACAGACGAUCUGAGCCCUGAGGCAUUGGACUUCUGCCAGCAGUGCGGCGUCAAUGCUUCCAAGGUUUCAGAGAUUGUCGCUAACAAGGAGCCAGCCAUCUACAAAGCUAUUCAAGAGGGAGUCGAGCGGAUCAACGCGAGGGCCACUUCCAACGCCCAGAAGGUUCAGAAGUGGGUUAUACUGGACCAUGAUUUCUCCAUCACCGGCGGAGAACUGGGUCCAACCAUGAAACUGAGACGGCCCGUGGUGGUGAAGAUGUACCAGGGGAUCAUCGACGAGAUGUACGCGGCUGCGGAGAAACAAUAGACUGACGAUACCAGAGCGGCACAGGCGUCAGCUGAACACUCACCAGAGGCAGACUCUGAUUUAUGUACAUACAGUCUCAGGAUGCACUUUUAUUUGUAUAUAAACCAUCUUGUAUAAGCCAAACCUUGCACUACAUGCAAGGUGAGAGCAGAAAGGUUGUUGGCAUGACUAGUAGCUGCUUCAUUUUAAGUGAUGCUCUCCGUUUGUGUGGCACCAUGGCAUAUUAACAGUCUCAGUCUAAUUCAAAGUGAUUUGCAGGGAACUUUUUCACCACGUAUCAAGGUUUUAUUGAAUCUUUAGUCUGUUGUUAGACAAAUUACACGGUAUUAAAGUGCCCUAAUAAUACAACCGCAAAUAUUGCGUUUCUUAAUUCCUAACACACAAUGUAUCAAAGUGUGAAUAUUUGUAUACAGCGUUUUGUACUUCUGUUUCAAACAGAACUGUAAUGUCUUAGUCUAACUAAGGUACCUGAAUGUUGGGCUUCAGAGUAUCUAAAUUUCAGAUAGAAAACAUGUUAAUCUACUCAUCAGCAACAGCGAUUCAAAGUUUCUGGUCUCAGGGCCACACCAGAGAUGAAAAAAAUCCAUUCCAACAACACAAAAAGGAUCAGCGCAUUUGAUUGAUUAAGCAAAGGGAAAAUGAAAAAAUGCUUUACAAUGAUGUCAGAAUGUUUGCUUGUAAAUUCCACCCGAGAUAAACUCCAAACACUUGUGCAAUGUUUGAUUUGUUGUCUUGCUGCUUCAGUCGAUAUACAAGACGCUUCUCCAAUGACCCUGACACACUGUUCUGGUGUGGACACUCAAGUUCUCCCUUGCAUACAAGUCUGCGUCGACAGAAAUACCCAAACGUGUGAACGUGAGCUGCUGUGAGAUUGAGUGCUGGUCAGAAAGAAACAAAGUCCUCAAAGGAUGUGAAUGAAGACUGAAUCAUCACUGUCAACAAAUUAUUCUUUUUACAACAUGAGCUCCAUUAAGAUUGUCAAUAAAGAAUGUUUGAUUUGGAUUAAGUUGUAAUGACUUUAUUAUGCAUCACUCUCAAAUCUCGCGGAUCUGCCAA